AUGUCGCGCUCAAAUAGCGAGAAGGCGGUCCCCAGCAUCGACAAGAUCGAGGAUGUGAACCAGUCGGCCCUGAACGAUGUCGACUACGAUGAGGAAUAUUCCUACGCCGAGCAGCGCAAGAUCAUCCAUCGCAUUGACCGUCGUCUGGUCACGAUGACUGGUCUGGCAUACUGCGUGUCGCUCAUGGACAGAACCAAUCUCAGUAUGGCUGCGGUGGCCGGCAUGACCAAGGAUCUGGAGCUUUAUGUUGGCCAACGCUACUCCAUCAUCGUGCUCAUCUUCUUCGUGCCCUAUGUCAUCUUCCAGCCCCCCAUGACCGUGAUCACUCGGAAGAUUGGCCCGACAUUCUUCCUCGGAGCUAUCGUGGUCUCUUGGGGCGCGAUCCUGGUGGGAAUGGGUUUCACAAAGAACUGGGAACAUAUGGUCGGGUGUCGCGUGCUACUCGGUCUUCUGGAAGCAGGUUACUUUCCCGGCUGCGUGUAUCUUCUCUCUAGUUGGUACACUCGCUUCGACGUGCAAAAGCGGUUCUCGGUCUUCUACCUCAUCGGCUGCGUUGCAUCCGCCUUUGCCGGUAUUCUUGCGUUCGGCUUGAUGCAGAUGCAAGGGCUCCAGGGUCUUGAGGGCUGGCGGUGGAUCUUUAUCAUGGAGGGAGUGAUCACCGGAAUCAUCGGUAUCCUGACCCUGAUCUUCCUGGUCGAUUUCCCCGACAGGGCCCACAAAUCCUGGCGCUUCCUCAGCGAGCAGGAGAGCUCGUUCAUCGUGCGACGUAUCAACCGGGAUCGUUCCGAUGCCGACGCAGAGCCGUUCGAUCUCAAACGCUUCCUCACCCCCGCCCUAGACAUGAAGAUCUGGGGAUUCGCCAUGAUUUUCUUCUCCACCACCACCGUCACCUACGCCAUCGCCUACUUCCUCCCCAUCAUCCUCCAACAAGGCAUGGGCUACGACGUCGGCGCAUCUCAAUGCCUCGUCGCUCCGCCCUUCGCCCUAGCCGGACUAGUCAUGUACGCCACCGCCUGGGUCGGCGAUCGGUACCGCGUGCGCGGCGCCAUCGUCGUCUUCAACGCGUGUCUCUGCAUCAUCGGCCUCCCCAUCAUGGGCUUCGCGAAGAGCAACGCGGCCCGCUACAUCGGUGUGUUCUUCAGCGUCGCGGGCUCCAACUCCAACGUCCCCGCCGUGAUGGCAUACCAGGCGAACAACGUGCGUGGGCAGUGGACUCGCGCCUUGUCCAGUGCCACGCUGGUCGGAUUCGGCGGCAUCGGCGGCAUCGUGAGUAGUUUGGUUUUUCGGACUCAGGACGCCCCGAAUUAUCGGCCGGGGAUGUGGACGACUAUUGCGUGUAAUCUGUUGAUUAUCGUGAUUGUCGGUGUGAUGAGCUUGUGGUUCCGUCAUUCGAACAAGCAGGCUGAUCAGGGUAAGAGGGUGAUUGAGCAGGAUCCUAGCUUCCGGUAUACCUUGUAA